CCGCCCCGCCCCUCCCAGCGCGGGCGAUCCGGGCCCGCCUUCGCCGGGAGGGUGGACUAGGUGCUGCAGCCCGGGCGGCCUGGGCGAUCCGGUAGGAUCCUUCGUGCGGGCGGUGGGGAGCGUUCCUCGGACUAGCCUCCGUGUCGCCGCUGCCCGGGCCGGGGGUGACGAUGGACCGUGAGUCGGGAUGCGCGGCGGCGGGAGAAACCGAGGCAGCGGCCGCCGCGGCGUUCGGAGACACGACAAGGCAGAUGAGUAAUGAAAGAGGAUUUGAGAAUGUAGAACUGGGAGUCCUGGGGAAAAAGAAGAAAGUCCCAAGGAGGGUCAUCCACUUCGUCAGCGGGGAGACGAUGGAGGAGUACAGCACCGACAAGGACGAGGUGGACAGCCUGGACAAGAAAGACGUGCUGCCCACCAUCGACCCGACAAAACUUACCUGGGGCCCCUACUUAUGGUUUUACAUGCUGCGGGCGGCCACAUCCACCCUCUCAGGAUGCGGAUGAUAAUCACUCAGCACUGUUUCAACUAGAGUUGUUUUUUUUUUAAAAUGUGGUUCCUAAAAAUGCUGUACUUUACGUCCAUUUAAUUAAAAAACU